AUGGCAAAUAAUCCAAACGAACCCGCCAAAUUUCCCAUGCUGUCCCAAGAUACCUUUGGUCCUUCGGGUCCCCCACCAGGCUAUUCCAGACAACAUGAGACCUACCAUAAGUACUUAUCAAAAGCUCGGGGGGCCUUUACAGAUAUCGUCCCCAUAUAUAUGAGGGAGCAAUGGACAACCGGGCCUUACAACAUAAACCGCCCAUCAUUGUACGCCGUGGAUAUUGGGGAAUUCACGGAAGCGUCACGAAGCUUCACAGUCCGCGGACAAGGGCCAAUGGACGACAAAAAUAAUGCAGAAGAAUUUCUGACAUCUGCUCCCGCUGGCACAAGGCUACGGAUGUUGUUUUGUUUGCAUCACCUCUCCCACACGGACGCAGCAUCAUUGCAUACCAUCGCUUCGUUCUACGAUCUUAAUCCAAGGUUUCUGCAAGAAUACCGACUUCGGCAUUCUUCUGUGAACUUUGACAUUACCGAUCUCCCUAUUAGGGAUACAUGUCCCGAAUACCUGCCGUCAGAAGCCCACUUUUCGCCAAUACUUUUCGAGAGAGCAGUUUAUACUCGUCCGAAAAAAAUGAUGAUGUGUUUGGUUUCCAAUCCCUCACAGUCCUUCAAAACGGUUCUUAUUAUGAUUACCAAAGACUCAGACUCAGGCUUCUAUCCGACUAACGUUGUAAACCGCGAUAUCAUGAACCCCACGAUUUACCUGCCCUCUGAGUCAUACGAUAAAUGGAGGCAGCCUCAGAACGAAGCCGAGACCUGCUUCCUCCGAUUAUCACGGCAAUCAAGCAUAGAACUCGAAGCAUGCGUAUCGCAGCCAAUUCUAACCAUCCUCCCGCUCGUCAGAGGAUAUUGCUUGGAAACGUCCCAGGAUGUCUGGCAAAUCAGAGAUCACAUUACCUACUACGGACUCGGGGAAGCAGGCCUUGACAAGUCUCUUAUGACGAGACAAAGCUCAGAAAGCCGCUGGGGCCACGAGAAGAUGAAUCCCUUUCAGGGGCUCCAAAAGGUCAACGGCGGCUUUACAAAAACACACCGCUCCCUAAGGGACCAUCUUUCUUCUCCAUGGCUCGACCGUACCAAACCUCACAUGGAAAUCGCCGACGUCGCUAUUUCCGUUGCCAUGGGAGAUAUGUACAGGGUUCAGGAAGAAAUUAUGGAACUACGAGAGAGACUUAAGGAGACCUCUGCAUUGGUAUCUGCCCAAGAAUCCAUCUACGAAGCCAGAAGAUCCGUAGCACAGGCGGAAAGUGUUAACCAACUUACUCGCCUGGCCUUCAUUUUCAUCCCCCUGACCUUCGCAACCUCGAUAUUUGGGAUGAACAUAGGUGAAUGGCAGGACAACGUCCCCCAUCUAAAAUGGUUCUUCGUUGUAGCUCUUUGCUGCACAGGCUUUUCCAUUGUCUCUGCAAUAGCGCUCACGAGACUUUCACCCCCCUUCAAAGCUUGGACGACUGCACAUCACGGAUUUUUACCCGCAUUGUGGCACUUUUUUAGGGAUAAUUUCAUAAGGGCACUUUUAUUCGUCUUUAUACACAUUCCGACUCAAAUAAGGGACUUUCAAAACCCAGAAUUGAGGAGGAUAAGGAGGGAACAGAAGAAACAGGCGAAAGAGCUAAAGAAAAAGAAAAAGGCAAAGGCCGACAUGGUGUAA